CCCCUGAGGAGCUGUGAGCAGUUAUCCCUGGCGGAAACUGCUAUGGCUGGGCUCUGCUUCCUCUGCUCAGCCCAGACCUGGACACCGCGACUAAAGCAAUGGGUACGUCGCCAGAAGAGGAUGAUUCUUCCAGUCCCAAAGAUGCGGAAUGGCCAGAAGUGGAGAAAGCUGAAAAAUUAGCAAGAGGAGCUGCCUUAAAGUGGGCAUCUGGGGUGUUUUGCUGCCCAGAAAAACUGGAGGGUCUUGGUCAGUACCGUAUCCGGGAGAAACAGCGCAACAGUUUCAUCCAGUCCCGCAUAAAGUCAACUCUCCAGUCCUAUUUGGAAGGGAUGAGCACGGGCCUGGAGUUGCUACAUACAGCCAAGGCAGAUGUCCAGCAGGUGCGGGAAGAGCUGGGAAGUGUACAACAGGACUUGGCGUCCAGAGCUGGCUUCUUUCACAAUCUGCAGCAGUUGCAGAAGGUGGCAGAGAAACAUGCGCAGCUGAGCUCAGUUGUCCAGACACUGCCUCAGCUUUUCUCAGUACAUCGACUCCUUUCUGAGGCCUUUGAUCUCCUGCAAGGUCACCACCUCCUGGAAGCCCAUGCUGGACUCAUGGCCCUCGAAAGCUUACGGGAUGAAAUCCUGUCCCAGUUACAUAAUCACAAGCUACUUAACUCAUUAGACCUGGCUAGUAUAGAAACCUACUUUGGGGACCUCCUGGCCCUAAAUGAAUCCCUGGCCAAACACUUAUGGCAUGUUGUAGCACAUAGCACAAGGGUGGUGUCUGAGGACCCAACUCUUUUUGUAUCGGCUCUACGAAUUAUUGAGCGGGAAGAGGGCAUCGAUGCGGUCUUGCUACAAAGAGCCCAUCCUCCGGGCUUUCUUCCACCUGGGCGCCCCAAAUGCUGGCGACAGAGGUUCUUCGAGGUGAUCCAGAGCACCAUUGUAGCUUCACAUUUUGAGCCCGUUCCAAGCAAUGUCCAAAGCCAGCAAUUCUCUAGACAUUUAGCCUCCUUGCAGAGCAGCAUCCUGGCAGAGCUAUGCAUUGUGAAAGAUCUCAUGGUCCAGUGCUGCCCUCCUCACUAUGAUAUCCUCACAGCUUUUGCUUCCAUGUAUCACCAAGGCCUUGCCAGUCACCUGUGUCAUAUCCUUACCUGGGAUCUGGAUAAGCAAGAGAUCUUCGCUCUUCUCCACUGGGCAAUCCAUGUCUAUCCUAGCUCAGAAAUGAUGGCACAUCCAAGCCUUCUUCCUGAAGUGGACGUCUCAGUUUUGGGUCCUCUGCUUCCUUUGGAGACAGUAGAGUAUCUAGAAGAGAUCUACCUUAGUAAAGUAGAGGCCAGCAUAACUGAAUGGAUGCAGAAGAUGCUGGAGAUGGAGUUUAAAGAUUGGUUCAGUGAAAAAGAACCAGAAUCAAAUUAUCAAGGCUGUUUCCAGACCAGUCUACCUAUCAUGGUUAUGAAGAUGUUGGAUGAAAACAUCCGGGUAGUAUCUCUCAUCUCUGAUUCUCUCCAGCAGAAGGUUCGCAACAUGGCUCUGGGUAGGUUGGAGGCCUUUGUCAGCAGUCUUUAUGAAUUGCUGGUGGAAUUUGGCAAGGAACAUCAAAAAGAGAAGGCAGCAUCCGAGCACUACACAUCUUACGUGCUGGCCACCCUCAACAACUGCCUGGCCCUCAGUACUUCCAUCUCGGUGCUGUAUACCAAUGGGACGUCAUCUCUGGAGCCUACAGAGGUGCCACCAUCACUGAAUGUCACCCUUGAGAAAGCCCAGAAGAAAGCAGUCAGGCUUUUACUGGAGGAGGUACUGAAAGAGCUGCAGCCUCUGUUCACACAGCUACCCUCCCCUCAGUGGUUGACUGAUGAAUCCCAGCUGAUGAGCGACAUAUGUAAGGUGAUGGACAAGCAUACAAAGCACUUCUGCAGAACUCAGAGAUCCAUCAGUGUGCACCUUCUGUCAGAGACCGAGCACCUGGUCGUGAACCAGUACAUCAGAGCCCUCCUGCAGAAACGGAUGGUGUGCCGUAACGCUGAAGAGAGGAACCAGAUGGCUCGGCGGAUGUUGCAGGAUGCCUCUCAACUCAAGGAGUUCUUCAGCAUCCUGGGUCUAGAGGAGAACAAGCAGACCCUCGAAGUAAUUGUUGAUCUGCAGGAGCUCAUAAAUCUUGAGGAUUUAUCCAUGCUCAGCCUAGAAGUGCUGGGAUUUGUGGCAAAAUACCCUGAUAUCAGCGAUGAUCACAUUUCCAUACUCCUGGACUUGCAUGGCGACAUCUCUAAAGAAAUCCGCAAUAAUGUCCUGGAGUUCAUGGCGCAGAAUCCUCAAGUCCUGCAUGAGAACUAUGAACCUUUUUUUAGCAAUAUCUUAGUCCCUGCUCCAGAGCCACCCUUCUGUCUAGGCAAGACCAAAUGUGCCUAAUGUUGGUUUGGAUGUUGCCGGAAACAGUCAGCUCCAUCUGCCUUUCCAGCUGACCUUUUCGUUUCCCAACAACGGCCAAUAGCAAGGAGGAGACUGAAUGGGGUUUGGUUUGUUGGUUCCAAAUUGCAAACAAGAUGUUCUCACACAAUUAACACUGUCCCAUUUGUUCAAAACACAGUGUACCAUUUUGUCUGUUUGGUAGGUGAAGUUAACUGAACCUGCUGUGUUGACUGUCAUCUACACAUUCACAAUGUGCUUAAUGCAGUGCUAAUAUUCUCUGUGCGAAUGUGCAAGAGUUGUGUAAAUCCUAGAUAUCAAACAAAUUUGCUUCUAUAGUUGCAUCAUUCAGUGUUAGUGUCAGUUCAAAUGUAGUUUGAAAUUAUAUGUAGAAUUCACAACCCACUUGUCAAUUACAUAUAUAAAUGUGUGCCUAUGUUAAUGUAGAAUGGGAUUGUCAAGUAAAGCUGACCUAUUUUCCGCUCCAAAAACAAAACAUUACACCACUGCUAAUGUUUUUUAUAUAACUCUUAUGCAGGGGAAAAUUUGAAUUUCUUAAAAACAGAGAGAAUGUAUGUAAUAAAUAAAUGAUAAAUUGGUAAGUGCCCAGCUCUAUUGGCAAAAGUAUGUUAUGGGCCCACAUACAGAGAGUGGAAGCAAAAAUUUUCAUAGUGGGGUUCUAAACUGUAAGAACUAGUGUAAGGCUGGUGGUUAACUACCAACCAGUAGCGAACCUCCCUUAUUUGGGCAAAGU